AUGCGCUGCCCGCCGCAAGCCGUGCUGCAGCUGCAGCAGCAGCAACAGCAGCAGCAGGAACACGAGAACCACCAGCAGCAGCAAGAACAGCAGCAGCAACAGCAGCAAGAGGAACAGCAGCAGCAGGAACACAAGAACCAACAACAGCAACAGCAGCAGCGGCAACAGCAACAAAAACAACAACAGCUACAGCAGCACCAGCAACAUGAGAACCACCACCACCACCACCGCCACCACCAACAGCAGCAACAACAGCAGCAGCAGCACCACCACCACCGCCGCCACCACCCUCACCAGCAGCACCUUCAGCAGCAGCAGCAGCAGCAGCAGCAGGAGUACCUGGUUCUGCGCUGCAGUGUGGGGGUUGUGCUGCGCGAGUCGCUGGUAGUAAGCCCUGAGUCUGUCUUCGUUUUGGUCGAAAGUCUUCAAAAAGAAAAUAGUUAA